GCUUUCCAGAACGAUUGGAGCGAUUCACAGGCGCACCAAGAGAGCAUCGCGGAGCACUGGGGACCCCCAGCAACUGCCAUCUUUCCAACCUGAUGGUCACCCCCUUAAAUGCCCCCCCCCCCCCCCCCCAGGCCAGGGACUGGCCCGAGGCCUCACGGACAGGCGCAGGAGGCGGGAAUCCAGCUCAGCGCUCCAACCCCUGGACCAGAAUGCCUUUGCGUUCUCACAGCAGGGGGUCCUGCCGCGUCUGAUUGACAGAACGCGAGGCGGCGCGGAGGCGGGCACGGCGCCCCUGGUAGCUAGGCAACGGGAAACACUGUGGCCGGCGCGCAGUCAGUUUCUCCUCUCCGGACAAGCAUCCCGAGUCCCUCGCCCCGCCAGGGCUCACAUUGCCCAGAGGAGAGAGCGCCCCGCGCCCGGAAAGGCUCGAUCAAGAUGGCCCAAAGCAAUGCCCGCUUACAGCGUUUACAUUCCCAAGAUCGCUCAAACAGGGAAGACUCAAUCGAGAUGCAAGAAGGCCAGCCUGCUCCAAAUAGAACCAGUAUUGGGGCUCCCAUCCUCCAGAAAAGACUGAACUUUGUGGGCCCCAAAGAUCCCUCUAUGCAGAUGAAAGUCCUGAGCUUUGUACACAAUACCAAAGCCCAAGACCGGACUCGAAAGCGACAGCAGCCCAUAAAGCUGGAACCUCUGCCUGUGCUAAAAGUCUACCAGGAUCACAUGCAGCCAGACUACAUAUAUGCACAGAAUCGAUUAAAAUUACUUCGUUCUGGAUUGCUCCAACCGAAACCAGAAUCUUUGCAGAAAAUACCAUCCAUUGAAUCACUUGCUUCUGAUGUUUCAGGAGAACAGAAAAAAAAACAGAUCCGAAUGUUGUCUACAGAAAGAUUCUCCCCCACCCCUCCUAAACAAGUGCGGGUCAGUAGCGGGAGAACAAUGUUUCAAAAGCAAGUUUCAGCAACUUACCCUUCGCUCAUAUUCCAAGACCGAGAAGAUGUCAUUAAAGCCAACAUUAGAGAUCCUUUGCAAAUUAUCAAAAUCAUAUAUGAGAAUAAACAUCUUGGAUUCCUGUAUUUGGUUCCGGCAGUACCAACGUCAUCCAUUGAAUAUGAUCCCUUUAAUUUGAGAGUCGUGAGUUAUGAACAUGUCAAUAAAAAUGAUUACUAUACGAUUAGCAAAAGAGCGGUAACUCACACUUGUGAUGGGGAAGUUGAAUUUAUUGAACUUCCUCGAUGGGAACAAGAAUAUCUGUAUCACAGAGAACUCAGAAGGGUUCCCAUAUUUUCACGAUUUCGAAAAUGGAAAGCAUUUACCGUGUGGAGAAAGAACGUCCGCUCCAAGAAAAUUAACGAAUGCCGAAAAUCUCUGCUAGAUAAUCUGUUCAUUGUUAAUGAUGAUUUGCGACCUGCUGUUCUUAGGGUGAAACAAAUGUGUUAUGAGCUCAGUUUUAUGGUACUUUGCUGCAUCGAAAAAGGACGUAUAAGUACCUUGUUAGAAUUUAGGGCUGCUCAGCUCCAACAAUUAGGGGAGGCGACAGAUCGCCUUGACGGUUUCCGGAAUGUGGUGAAAGACGUAGUUAGGAAUGCUUGCCGAAUCGCUUUGCAGGCCUCUGGAUUCACUCCUGACGACUGCUUAUUUGACACGGCCCUGAAAGUUGAGGCAAUAAAAGAAGCCUCUCCAAAUGUACCUGAAGGCGAACUCUAUGGAGAAGGCGAGAAAAUGACUUACACGGAACAGGCCAGCAAAAGGCACCAUUGCAUGCGGCUGACGUGCUUUAUCCGCUACAUUGACUAUCUAAUUGUGAAUACCUUGCAUGUGCUGACAGUCAACUCAGUUUACACUCUUUUGAAUUAUCUUAUGGAAAAAUUAAAACAGACACCACCGACUGAAGUCAUCCUGAAGUGGAUUGACGAGAAGCCUGAAGUCGUUGACAAAAAGGGCGCCCCUACUGAAAGGACAGAAGAGGAUGAAUCGCUCCAGCCGAUGUUUGUCACAGAACUCAUGCUGGAGAUCAACAGUUUGUAUUUUGACCCAUCUUUGAACCAUUUUCAGGAAGGCCUUGCAGAUGCCAUUCAGCGGUUUCAGCACACUGUUCUGUCAGUCAUUAAUCUGGUACCCGAUCCUUAUUUUGAUGCUUUCACUCGUCCUAUGAUUAACAAUAAAAUGGAAGAAAAGACUUGCGGAGAUGGUCCAAGUUUGGGAUCUGUGUUUGAAGAUGACAAAUACUUGCACUCAAUUAUUUAUCAAAUAAGGGAAACCAUAAAGGCUGCAUUUGAAAGUGCCAGCAUCUAUGCAAGUACUUUUGAAAAGUUCCAGAUAUUUUAUAAGGAAAAUGAAAGUCUCGAUUUAGUUGCUCUGCAAAAAGAGGAACCUGGUGUCCGUUUCUUUGCUGAACAACUAGAAAAAUAUCAUAGAGAACACAAGGAAGCCUUAGCUUUAAGGCCCACCAGAAAUUUAGGAUUAUUGCUUGUUGAUACCAAAAAAAUGAAAGAAAAACUAAUUCCAUCACCAGUGCGCUGUUUGGAGGUCAUAAAUGCCAUGCUUCCUCUCCAAAGCAAGAAAAAAGUGGAUGCUAUUAUCUCAGAAGCCCAAGACGCAGAGUACAAACUUGAGUUUGUUCCAACAGCAACUGUGGAAUUUGUCAAUAGCUUGAUCUUCCUUGAUGAUAUCCAGGAAAGGAUUGAAGUUCUUGAAGAUGAAGCAGAAACCAUUGCUAAAAUGUACAAGCUUAUCGAUCAGUAUCAAGUUCCGACUCCCCCUGAGGAUUUUGCUGUCUUUGCCACCAUGAAACCAUCUCUUGUUGCCGUCCGAAAUGCGAUCGAUAAGGCAGUGAGUGAGAGAGAUGCCAGCCUCAAAAUGUUCUGUCAACAUUUGGACAAGGAUGUCGAAGAACUCAAUAAAGAAGUGAAUGAAGUACAGCUGCUAGCCCAGGACCCACAGAUUUUGGAUGCUUCAGCUGACCAAGAAAAAGUAAAAGGGCUGCUGGGUCAACUACAGAUGAAUCUGGACGACCUCCAGAAACGAGCUUUCCAGUACAAAUCCUACCAGAAAAACUUUAAGGUGGAAGUGUCUAAAUUUGAAGCUCUUGAAGAAGUCAGUGCAGAGCUGAAACUAAAGCAGCUGCUUUGGGAUUCUCUUUCUGAAUGGGACCUUCUUCAAGACAAUUGGCUAACGAGUAAAUUUGACACUAUGGAUCCAGAGUCAUUGAAUUCUCAAGUUUCUAAGUAUGCCAAAUUUGUGAAUCAACUGGAAAAAGGUUUGCCACCUAACAAUGUUGUGCCUCAGCUCAAGACUAAGGUGGAGAAAAUGAAGGAAAAACUCCCAGUGAUCACAGAUUUAAGGAACCCCUUUUUGAAGCCAAGACACUGGGCCUUUAUUGAGCAAAUUGUUGAUGCUACCCUUUUGGACCUUGAAAAUACAUUAACUUUGCAACGACUCAUCGAACUGAAUAUUUUUAAUUUUGGACAAGAGAUUCAGGAUAUUUCUGGGCAGGCUUCUGGAGAAGCAUCUUUAGAAACAAUACUCAAAAAGGUGGAAGAUGCUUGGAAAACAACAGAAUUCAUUGUUUUGCCUCAUCGAGAUUCCAAAGAUGUUUUUAUCCUGGGUGGGACAGAUGACAUACAGGUCCUUCUAGAUGACAGCAUCAUUAAUGUGGCCACAAUCGCCUCUUCCCGCUACGUGGGUCCACUCAAACCUCGAGUUGAUGAAUGGCAAAAGCAACUUGCAUUAUUUAAUCAAACACUGGAGGAAUGGCUGACCUGUCAGAGAAACUGGCUUUACUUAGAGAGUAUUUUCAGUGCUCCAGACAUUCAGAGACAGCUGCCAGCAGAGGCCAAAAUGUUUUUACAGGUGGAUAAAUCAUGGAAAGAAAUCAUGAGAAAAGUUAACCGUUUGCCCAAUUCUCUCCGUGCAGCUACUCAACCAGGACUCCUGGAAACUUUCCAAAAUAAUAAUGCACUGCUUGACCAAAUUCAGAAGUGUCUUGAGGCCUAUUUGGAAUCAAAGAGAGUCAUUUUUCCAAGGUUUUACUUUUUAUCCAAUGAUGAGCUUUUGGAAAUUUUGGCCCAGACUCGCAAUCCACAAGCUGUUCAGCCUCAUUUAAGGAAGUGUUUUGAUGCCAUCUCUAGGUUGGAAUUUGCCAUUUUGAUCUCCACUGAACCCAAAAUACCUGGUAUUGACACAGAACCAGAAAAAGUUUUUACAAAUGAUAUUUUAGCUAUGCUGUCACCAGAGGGAGAACGGGUUGGCCUGGGGAAAGGCCUGAAGGCUCGAGGAAACGUGGAAGAUUGGCUGGGCAAAGUAGAAGAAGCCAUGUUCACAUCCCUGAGGCGCCUAAGCAAAGCUGCCAUUGCAGACUAUCAGAGCAAAGUCCGGAUAGAGUGGGUGGUGGCUGGCCAUCCUUCUCAGGUAGUGCUGACGGUUUCUCAAAUCAUGUGGUGCCGCGACUUAACUGAAUGUUUAGAAGGAGAAGAAACAGAUCCCUUGGAAGCAAUGGAAACUUUUGAAAUAACCAACUUUGAGAGAUUAAAUGCUUUGGCAGGUUUGGUACGAGGCAGUCUUCCCAGAUUACACAGAAACAUCAUAACUGCCUUAAUUACCAUCGAUGUACAUGCGAGAGACAUUGUCAGUGAACUCGUGGCAACCAAGAUCUCCACUUCUGACUGCUUUGAGUGGCAAAGGCAGCUACGUUACUAUUGGGAUCUUGACUUGGAUAACUGUGUGGCCAAAAUGGCCCUUUCUCAGUAUACUUAUGGCUAUGAAUACCUGGGAGCAUGCCCAAGACUGGUGAUUACCCCCCUCACUGAUCGCUGCUACCUUUGUCUGAUGGGAGCACUGCAGCUUGACCUGGGUGGAGCUCCAGCUGGACCUGCUGGCACUGGUAAAACGGAGACCACAAAAGAUCUCGCCAAAGCACUGGCCAUCCAGUGCGUGGUGUUUAACUGUUCAGAUGGUUUGGACUAUAAGAUGAUGGGGAGAUUCUUCAGUGGUUUGGCUCAGUCGGGAGCCUGGUGCUGUUUUGAUGAAUUCAACCGGAUUGAUAUAGAGGUUCUGUCUGUGAUUGCUCAGCAACUGAUUACAAUCAGAAAUGCCAAAGCUGCAAAGCUCUCUCGAUUUAUGUUUGAGGGACGUGAAAUAAAGUUGGUUAUGACCUGUGUGGCAUUUAUCACCAUGAAUCCUGGCUAUGCUGGACGAACUGAAUUACCUGAUAAUCUGAAAGCUCUGUUUAGACCAAUUGCUAUGAUGGUUCCAAAUUAUGCCUUGAUUGCUGAGGUUAUUUUAUAUUCAGAAGGAUUUGAAUCCAGCAAAAUCCUUGCAAGAAAAAUGACUCAAAUGUAUAAACUUUGCAGUGAACAACUGUCUCAGCAAGAUCACUAUGACUUUGGAAUGAGAGCAGUGAAAUCUGUCUUGGUCAUGGCUGGGUCCCUCAAGAGAGAGAAUCCAGACCUAAAUGAAGAUGUCGUAUUGAUAAGAGCCUUGAGAGAUUCCAAUUUACCCAAAUUUCUUACAGAUGAUGCCCUUCUAUUCAGUGGAAUCAUUUCUGAUCUCUUCCCUGGAGUCCUCAUUCCAGAACAUGAUUAUGGCAUUCUGCAGUCAACAAUUAUAGAUGUCAUGAUUGGACAAAAGCUUCAGCCCGAGGCCUGUAUGGUUCACAAAGUUAUACAGUUCUAUGAAACCAUGCUCGUAAGACAUGGCGUCAUGCUCGUUGGGCCAACAGGAGGUGGAAAGACCACGGUUUACAAAAUUCUUGCUGAAACCUUAGGGGUGCUGCAUGGGAUGGAACUCCCAAAUCCCUUUUAUCAGCCAGUUAAGACAUACAUUCUGAAUCCAAAGUCCAUUACAAUGGGUGAACUGUAUGGAGAAGUGAACAAUUUAACGUUGGAGUGGAAAGACGGCUUGAUGGCACUAAGUGUCAGAGCAGCAGUGAAUGAUACUUCAGAAGAUCACAAAUGGAUUGUCAGUGACGGGCCAGUGGAUGCCCUUUGGAUUGAAAAUAUGAACACUGUUUUGGAUGAUAAUAAGAUGCUUUGCUUGGCUAACAGUGAAAGAAUUAAACUCACCCCUCAGAUCCAUAUGAUGUUUGAGGUACAAGAUCUAAGAGUUGCCUCUCCAGCAACAGUCAGUCGCUGCGGGAUGGUGUUUGUGGACCCUGAAGAACUAAAAUGGCUACCGUAUGUCCUGACGUGGAAGCAGAAUUUUUUGGAGAAAUUGAAUGAAGAAACCUGGGAAUAUUUAUUAAAUCUCUUCAACCGUUAUGUUGAGCAGGGCUUAAAGUUUGUCAUUAAAAAGUGCUCUCAAGCUAUCCCUCAAGUGGACAUCAGCAAAGUGACCACUCUGUGCUGUUUAUUAGAGUCCCUCCUAUUUGGGAAAGAUGGACCUGACUUAGCUUUGGAACAAGGAAAACUGAACAGUGUAGUAUGUCAGACUUUUACAUUUUGCUAUUUGUGGGCUGUGGGUGGAAAUCUGACUGAAAACCAUUGGGAUGCUUUUGACACAUUUAUCAGACUGCAGUUUGAGGAUGCUCCGGAAGCCAAGCUCCCCAGCUCGGGCGAUUUGUGGAGUGUCCAUAUGGAUUUUGACACCAAACGCCUGGACCCCUGGGAGCGAAUCAUCCCUCCUUUCAAGUAUAAUCGGAAUGUACCGUUUUUUGAGAUGCUCGUUCCCACGACGGACACCGUACGUUACGGUUAUCUAAUGGAAAAGCUGCUUGCCGUCAAGCAUCCUGUUUUAUUGACUGGAAUCACCGGGGUUGGCAAGUCUGUUGUUGCCCGAGGAUUGCUAAGCAGAAUACAAGAGGAGGCUGGGUAUGUUCCUGUCUACCUCAACUUCUCGGCGCAGACGUCUUCGGCAAGAACGCAAGAGAUUAUUGAGUCGAAAUUAGAAAAGAAAAGAAAAAACAUUCUAGGCGCACCAGGAAACAAGCGAGUCGUCAUCUUUGUGGAUGAUUUAAAUAUGCCAAAGUUGGAUACUUAUGGUUCUCAGCCUCCUAUUGAACUGCUCCGACAGUAUCUGGAUUUUGGUGGAUUCUAUGACAGAGAGAAGCUCUUCUGGAAAGAAAUACAGGACGUGACAAUUGCAUCUGCGUGUGCCCCCCCAGGAGGUGGCCGCAAUCCUGUGACACCCCGUUUCAUUCGACACUUCAGCAUGCUGUGCCUCCCGACACCUUCUGAACAUAUUUUAAAGCAAAUUUUUCAGGCAAUCUUGAAUGGUUUCUUAUUUGACUUUUCUAACCCUGUAAAGAAUUGUGCAUCGAGUAUUGUAGAAGCUGCUGUGGAAAUUUAUAACAGGAUGAGCAUUGAUCUCCUCCCAACACCUGCAAAAUCCCAUUAUGUAUUUAAUUUGCGAGAUUUGUCAAAAUGUGUGCAAGGUAUCCUGCAAUGUGAUUCAACAGUAGUCAGGGACGAAAUGCAGAUUUUUAGACUAUUUUGCCAUGAAUGUCAAAGAGUUUUCCAUGAUCGUCUGAUCAACAAUGAAGAUAAACUAUAUUUCCAUAACAUGUUAACUGAAAUGGCCAGUAAGCAUUUUGCCAUUCCACUUGAUCAAGACUAUUUUAUCAAGAAACCGGUCAUAUUUGGAGAUUUUAUAAAGAUUGGUGUUGACAAAUCUGACCGCCUCUAUGAAGACCUGCUUGACAUGAAUAAGAUCGCUUCAGUUUUACAGGACUACCUUGAUGAUUACAACAUAAUGACCUCUAAAGAAGUCAAGCUGGUGUUCUUCCAGGAUGCCAUUGAGCAUGUGUCCAGGAUUGCUCGGAUGAUUCGCCAGGAGAGGGGAAAUGCUCUGCUCGUCGGAGUAGGUGGGACAGGAAAACAGUCUCUGACCAGGCUUGCCUCUCACAUCUGUGGCUAUAAGUGUUUUCAGAUUGAGCUCAGUCGAGGCUAUAAUUAUGACAGUUUUCAUGAUGAUCUAAGGAAGCUUUAUAAGAUGGCCGGUGUGGAUGACAGAGACAUGGUUUUCCUUUUCACGGACACCCAGAUUGUAGUGGAGGAGUUCCUGGAAGAUAUUAACAAUAUUCUGAACUCGGGGGAAGUGCCAAAUCUAUUUGAAAAAGAUGAGUUGGAGUUUGUUAUGGCAGCCACGAGGCCAAAGGCAAAAGAAGCAGGAAUUCCAGAGGGCAACAGAGAUGAGGUUUUCCAGUUUUUUAUCAGUCGAGUUCGCCAGAAGCUACAUAUCGUGCUGUGCAUGAGCCCCGUUGGGGAGGCUUUCCGAGCCCGAUGUCGGAUGUUUCCAUCCCUUGUGAACUGUUGCACGAUCGACUGGUUUGUGCAGUGGCCCAGGGAAGCCCUUCUUUCUGUAUCAAAAACAUUUUUCUUAAAUAUUGACCUUGGAAGCCAAGAAGUAAAAGAGAAGCUUUCAUUGAUGUGUGUGGAUAUUCACAUGAGUGUGACAAAUAUGGCUGAGCGAUACUAUUCAGAGCUGAGACGGCGAUAUUAUACCACACCUACUUCCUAUUUGGAAUUAAUUAACCUUUACCUCUUAAUGUUGAGUGAAAAAAGGAAGCAGUUGGUUUCAGCUCGAGAUAGAGUGAAGAAUGGCUUAACAAAGCUAUUAGAGACAAACGUGCUUGUCGAUAAAAUGAAAUUAGAUCUUUCAGCUUUAGAGCCAGUUCUUAAAGAAAAAUCAAGGGAUGUUGAAGCUUUGAUGGCAAAGUUGUCAGUGGACCAGGAAAAAGCAGAUCAGGUCCGUUGUAUUGUUCAAGAAGAUGAAGCAAUGGCAAAGGUGAAAGCCGAAGAGACCCAAGCAAUAGCUGAUGAUGCUCAACGAGAUCUUGAUGAAGCCCUCCCAGCCCUGGAUGCUGCCAACAAAGCCCUCGACUCUCUAGAUAAAGCAGAUAUAUCUGAAAUCAGAGUUUUCACCAAGCCACCAGAUAUGGUCAUGACUGUCAUGGAAGCCAUUUCUAUCCUCCUGAAUGCCAAACCUGACUGGCCCACAGCAAAACAACUUCUUGGGGAUUCUAAUUUCCUCAGAAGACUUUUAGACUAUGACAAGGAAAAUAUAAAGCCAGCCAUAUUGGCAAAGCUCCAAAAAUAUAUCAACAAUCCCGAUUUUUUGCCUGAAAAAGUAGAGAAAGUAUCCAGGGCAUGUAAAUCCAUGUGUAUGUGGGUAAGAGCCAUGGAUUUAUAUUCUCGAGUCAUCAAAGAAGUUGAACCCAAAAGACAAAAACUCUAUGCUGCUCAGGCUGAGCUUGAUGCUACUUUGAAUAUGUUAAAAGACAAACAAAAAAAGUUAAGACAAGUAGAAGAGCAGAUUGAAGCUUUACAAGAUCAAUAUGAGAGAAGCAUCAACGAAAAAGAGAAUCUUGCCAGGACCAUGCAACUAACCCAAGACCGUCUCACCCGUGCUGGGAAACUCACAGCUGCAUUGGGAGAUGAGCAAAUCCGAUGGGAAGAAAGCAUCGAGAACUUUGAAAGUGAGAUCUCCAACAUCACGGGGAAUGUGUUCAUCGCUGCUGCCUGCGUGGCAUACUAUGGUGCCUUCACAGCCCUUUACAGGCAGCUGCUGAUAGAUUGCUGGAUUGAGCAAUGUGUACAACUGGAGAUCCCAAUAAGUGAUGAUUUCAGCCUAAUAAAUAUUCUGGGAGAUCCUUAUGAGAUACGACAGUGGAACACUGAUGGCUUACCACGUGAUCUGGUAUCAACUGAAAAUGGUAUUCUGGUGACUCGAGGAAGACGAUGGCCUUUGAUGAUUGACCCCCAAGAUCAGGCAAAUCGUUGGAUAAGAAACAAAGAAUCUCAAAAUGGAUUAAAGAUAAUUAAGCUAACAGACACUGGAUUCCUGCGCACACUUGAAAACUCCAUUAGACUUGGGUUGCCAGUGUUGCUAGAAGAGCUGAAGGAAACCCUGGACCCUGCCCUGGAGCCAGUUCUUUUGAAGCAGACUUUUGUGAGCGGCGGAAGGAUGCUCAUUCGCCUUGGAGACUCAGACAUUGACUAUGACAAAAACUUUAAGUUUUAUAUGACAACCAAGAUGCCCAAUCCCCACUAUCUCCCUGAGGUAUGCAUUAAAGUUACUAUCAUUAAUUUCACUGUGACCAAAUCUGGCCUGGAAGAUCAGUUACUAAGUGACGUUGUGAGGCUUGAAAAACCUGAACUAGAAGAGCAAAGAGUUCAGCUCAUAGUGAGAAUCAAUACCGACAAAAACCAACUCAAAGCCAUUGAGGAUAAAAUCCUAAAAAUGCUGUUCCAGUCCGAAGGAAACAUCCUGGACAAUGAAGAGCUUAUCAACACCCUCCAGGACUCCAAGAUAACUUCAGGUGCCAUUAAAACCAGACUCAUCGAGGCAGAGUCCACUGAAAAGAUGAUUAAUGCUGCUCGGGAGAAGUACCGGCCUGUGGCAACUCGGGGAUCUGUCAUGUAUUUUGUCAUUGCGAGCCUCUCAGAAAUAGACCCCAUGUAUCAGUAUUCCUUAAAGUAUUUUAAGCAGUUAUUUAACACAACCAUCGAAACCUCAGAAUGGAAUGAUGACCUGCAAGAACGUCUGGCCAUACUUCUCUCCCAGACCCUCUUGACAGCUUAUGUCAAUGUUUCUCGAGGCCUCUUUGAGCAGCACAAACUCAUCUACAGUUUCAUGCUUUGUGUUGAAAUCAUGCGCCAGAGAGAAGAAUUAACAGAAGAGGAAUGGAAUUUCUUCCUCCGGGGUUCCGCAGGCUUAGAUAAGGAGCGCCCUCCAAAACCUGAAGUUGCCUGGCUCCUAGAUGUCAUAUGGUUUGCCUGUGUUGACUUAGAAGAAACCUUCCCAAUCUUUGAGGGAAUUACAAAGCAGUUACCCACCAUUCCCAUUUUAAUCAAAAUUGGAAACUUUGAAACCUAUAUUAACCCAUUGUGCUUGGAGGACUAUCUUGAAGCAGCUGAAACACAAGAAGAGCCUCCAAAGUCCCAAGACCACUGGAAUGAAAAAUUAACCAUGUUUCAAAGAUUAAUUCUUAUUAAAGCCUUUAAAGAAGAAAAGGUGGUUUUUGCUAUUACAGAAUUUGUGAUAGAAAAUCUGGGGAAACAAUUUAUAGAAAACCCACCAGUUGACCUCGCUACUCUCUAUCAAGAUAUGUCCAACUCUACUCCUUUGGUAUUCAUCUUGAGCACAGGCUCUGAUCCAAUGGGAGCCUUUCAGAGAUUUGCAAGAGAAAGUGGAUACUCAGAAAGAGUGCAAUCAAUUUCACUGGGACAAGGCCAAGGACCUAUUGCUGAAAAGAUGAUUAAGGAUGCUUUGAAAACAGGAAAUUGGGUAUUUCUUCAAAAUUGUCACCUUGCAGUAUCGUGGAUGUUGCCUAUGGAAGAGCUUAUUAAAAGUUUUACAGAACCAAAUGUUUCAGUUCAGGAUAGUUUUCGACUUUUUUUGAGUUCCAUGCCGAGCACCACAUUUCCUGUCACAGUUCUUCAGAAUUCUGUCAAGGUUACCAAUGAACCACCUAAAGGUCUCCGUGCAAAUAUCAGACGAGCAUUCACUGAAAUGAUGCCUUCAUUUUUUGAAGAAAAUAUACUUGGAAGGGAAUGGAGAAAAAUAAUUUUUGGCAUUUGUUUCUUCCAUGCUAUCAUUCAGGAGAGGAAAAAGUUUGGCCCUCUUGGUUGGAAUAUCUGCUAUGAAUUUAAUGACAGUGAUAGGGAAUGUGCCUUACUUAAUCUAAACCUUUACUGUCAAGAAGGAAAGAUACCAUGGGAUGCCUUGAUCUACAUUACAGGUGAAAUCACUUAUGGAGGCCGUGUUACAGACACUUGGGAUCAAAGAUGCCUUCGCACAGUCUUAAAGAGAUUUUUUUCUCCUGAAACAUUAGAAGAGGGUUAUAAGUAUUCAGAUUCAGGUAUAUAUUUUUCACCGGUGGCAGACAACAUCCAAGAGUUCAGAGACUAUAUUGAACGUUUGCCUUUAAUUGAUGACCCAGAAGUAUUUGGGAUGCAUGAAAAUGCCAACUUAGUUUUCCAGUUUAAAGAGACCAACACUUUCAUCACCACUAUUCUUGAUGUCCAGCCAAGGUCUGGUGGUGGAGGAGGUGGAAAAAGCAACGAUGAAAUUGUCCAAGAACUUGUUACUUCGGUCUUGUCAAAGUUACCAGUAAAAUUGGAUAUGGAUGGAGCUUCGGAGUCCCUCUUUGUUAAGGAUGCACAAGGACGUCCCAACUCCCUAACGACUGUCCUUGGACAAGAAGUGGAUCGAUUUAAUGGUCUUCUAAGAUUAAUCAGAAAUUCCCUAGAAACACUGGACAAAGCAAUUGCUGGCUUCGUUGUCAUGUCUGAAGAAAUGGAAAGAGUAUACAAUAGUUUCCUUAACAAUCAGGUCCCGGUCUUGUGGUCCAACGCUGCAUACCCAUCACUGAAGCCUUUAUCAUCUUGGGUCAAAGAUCUCAUCUUGAGGACAGCUUUUGUGGAUCUCUGGCUCAAAAGGGGACAGCCCAAAUCAUAUUGGAUCUCCGGGUUCUUUUUUCCUCAAGGAUUUCUAACAGGGACCCUGCAAAACUAUGCUCGGAAAUACAACUUACCCAUUGAUGAGCUGAACUUCUCCUACAACAUCGUCCCUUCUUACCGAGACCAAGCCGCGGUGAUCGAAGCCUCUAAGACUGUCCAGUUUGGACAACAGAUGGCCAUGGAUUUGGAGUUACCCUCUCCUGAGGACGGUGUGCUGGUGCACGGGAUGUUCAUGGAUGCUUCACGCUGGGAUGAUGACGACAUGGUGAUAGAAGAUGCUUUGCCUGGACAGAUGAAUCCUAUGCUGCCCGUGGUGCAUUUUGAGCCUCAUCAGAACUAUGAACCCCAUCCCUCCCUGUAUCACUCUCCACUCUACAAAACGGGAGCCCGAGCAGGGACGCUCUCCACCACUGGCCAUUCAACCAAUUUUGUGGUGACGAUCCUCUUACCGUCCAAAAGAUCAAAUGACUACUGGAUUGCCAAAGGCUCUGCUCUGCUUUGCCAACUGAAUGAGUAAGGAUGAUGAAGCGGCAGAGAGAUGGUCCGAGAAGAAGUGUGGAAACACAUUUUUCCGUGAGAAAAGCCCUGUAUAUGCAAAGGCACAAUGGUGCUGGCCCGUCAUUGGCUCCGGCUGGACAUGGUACAUUAUCAGUGACUUUACUUCACAAUAAAGGGAAGGAAAUUCAGAUUUUUAUUUCUCUUCAAAUUCGAAAUAAACUAUCCCCAAAGUGUC